UAGAGGAAGGGAGGGAUGCUCCUUUGACAUUGUAUGUGAAAUGAUCUAAAUUGAGCUGUUUUCACCCCAUCUGAGUUUAGAAGCAGGGUUAGGAAGAUGUUGUGGCCCAGGUUGUCUAUGCUCCUGAAAGGAUUUACAAUGAAAAUACUGAUAAAAGUCCAGUAAAGGGAAGCAGCUAUUCUCCCCUCCAGAAAAGAAUGCAUUUUAAGUAUUGAAGUCCAUCAUUUAAUCUGCCCGUUGUUCUCAGGGAGCCACAAAGCAAUAAAUACACAAGAUUAGAUACUGGGAUUGAGGAAGGGCUUUGUGUUACAAAAGGAGAGGGUGGUUAAUUUUUGACAGCAGGCAAUGAGAAAGUUAUGUUUGUAUAAUAGUCCAGUCACUCUCUGUGCUGUGGCUCACUCACCUGCAUGUCGUCAUCUUUGUGAGAAGUGUCAAUAAAUAUUAGACAAGUACCUCUUUCUAAGCACAAAACUCCUACCGGGGGAAUUCCCAGAGCACCCUAUAAAAGGGAUCCCACUGUCCUUUCUCAAUCAUAUCUGUUUGCUGAGAAGAUGAAGUGUGUAAACUUGGCUGUGCUGCUGGUGUUUCUACAAAAUGCCAUUGCAGUGAAUGCAGCCAACACCAUGCUCCAGAAUGUGCCAUUUGCCAAUGUGACUGGCUCUUUGAAUGACAAUGGAGUGUGCCAAUGCUCAGUGUACCUGCCAGACACCGUGUUCCCUGUGCAGAAGGUCGAGAUGCUGGAAAUCACAGCCCAAGUGCUUUCUGAGAAACUUGAAAGAGAACUCACUAAAGUUAGCCAAUAUACUAAAGCAAUUGAGACGUAUGAACAGAAAAUCCAAAACCUAACGAUCAAGGUGGAACAUAUGGAGUCAACCAGUGUUUCUUACACAGAGUUGGACUUUCAGUUACUGAAACUGGAAAUCAAUGAAAUGGAGAGACUGGUCACUCAGCUGAAAUCCACACUUGUUGGAAGCAAUGUGAUUGUUGAACAACUAUAUGUGGAGAUCAAGAAUCUGACUCUCAUGGUAAAUGAUCUGGAAUCAUUGGACAAAAACAAUAUCCUUUUAAUCCGUCGAGAAAUUGUGGCUCUCCAGAAUAGAUUGAAGGAAUGUGAAAAACACAGAAAUCAAACCACAACACCCUCCUAUUUCCCACCAGGCAGCUGUGGUCAUGGUGGAAUUGUGAAUAUCAGCCAGCCCUAUGUUGUACAGCUGAACUGGAGAGGAUUUUCCUUCAAAUAUGGUUCCUGGGGUAGGGAUUACUCUCUUCGAACUCCGCAGAAGGACCUAUACUGGGUUGCACCUUUGAACACAGAUGGGAGACACUUAGAAUAUUACAGACUUCAUAAUUCCUAUGAUGAUUUGUUGCUAUUAAAAAAUGCUAGAGAGUUAAAAAUUCCCUAUGGGGGGGAAGGCAGUGGCACCACAGUUUACAAUAACUUCAUGUAUUACAAUAUAUAUAAUUCAAGAGAUAUGGGCAAGCUCGAUUUAAACACAAACACAUUGGCUGUGAGGAAAGCUCUGCCGAAUGCUGCUUAUGGUAACCGUUUCUCUUAUGCUGGUGUUGGGUGGCAAGAUAUGGACUUUGCUGUGGAUGAAAGUGGAUUGUGGGUAAUUUAUUCAACCGAGGACAGCACGGGUAACAUUAUGAUUAGCAAACUCAAUGAGACCACACUUGAUGUGCUCCAUACUUGGAAUACAAGGCAGUACAAGCCAUCCAUUUCCAAUGCUUUCAUCAUAUGUGGUGUUCUAUAUGCCACAAGACCUGUCAACACUAGGAAAGAGGAAAUAUUUUACAUAUACAACACAAACACUGAACAGGAAGGUAAAAUUAGCAUAAUUAUGGAUAAAAUGUUAGAAACAAUUCAAAGUAUCAACUAUAACCCCUCAGACCAGGUCCUUUAUGUUUACAAUGAUGGCUACCUUGUUAAACACAAUCUUAUUUUUCAACCUGUGUUGCAUUGAUAUGAAUAUAAACAACAACUAGAGAUCACAGAAAGUCUGAUUUUAUAUCCCUUUGGACAGUGUUAAUGUUAAAUUAAGGCCUAAUCCUACCAAGAGUAACUCCUGGGCAUAAGGUUUAUUACCAUGAGCUGUCCCAUUGAAGGAUAAUAUGCUCUAUGCCUGGUACAAGAUUAGGUUCAUAGCUUUUUAAUUGGUGUCCAGAUACAGUGGCAGCAGGAGUACUAGAAAUGCCUCUGCUAUAAACAUAGAUUAAAUAGACGAUUUAGUGACGGACAGAACAUGUAUCAUGAUAGGGAGAUUGCUCACACACUGAUGUGCAUUUGGAGGAAUGUCUGUAUUUGGAUAACACAUGGAAACUGAACUGCUGUUUUGUCAUCAUUGCUCAAAGUAUGCAAGGCCAUAAAUAUCAUAUUAAAUAUUGGCCUCAAAUAAUUACUAAAAGAUUAAAAUUAGAGGAGAAUUGGAACUUGAUCUUUAAAGAGCAGACCAUUGGUUAAGCUGAAGCUGUGGAAAUGGUUGCCUGGGCUCCUUCUUGCAACCCAUCAAUGUAUUUUAGGUGGCAGGGCACCAAUGCAUUACUUUCCUAAAGCUGCACUUCAUGAAAAAAAAAUAUUAUUAACCAUUUUUGGACAGUUGCAUUUUCUUAGCACUGUGUCCUGGGGGCCUGACCCAAAGCCCAAUGAAAGCAGUCCCUUGGUAUAUGGCACAUGCUGCAGUAGAACAUAAGCUAUGCCAUCCUACAUGCUCCAUUUAGUCCUGGAGUCCUUUUAGUCUGCAAUUUACUGUGAUCUCCAUUAGCAUCUUUCAAAAACACUCUGAAAACAAGGAGCCAAAUUAAUUGCCAGUAUAAUUCCAUUGGCAUCAAUUAUCUUACAUCGGGGGUGAAUCUGGCCCAUGAUCUAUCAGUUACAGAAUACUGAAGUUGGGAUAAAAUGAGUCAUAUGCUCUUUAUUUUUAAAAUGCCAUUUAUAAGGUUUUUGUACCAAUAUCUGUACUGUAAUCGUGUCAGAAAUAAUUAGAUGAACAGUUAUGAAAAUGCAGUAAAAGUUUGCUGGUUUUCUUUUAUUAAUUCUGUCUUUGUUUUAUAAUCUGGAUCAGCAGAUGUGAAUGAUUAAUUUUUGUUUAAUAAAGUGUUAUAAAAAUCCAAA